AUGGUUCCGAAGAAAGUUGCAGGAAGAAAGAGGGACAUACUCCGGAAUUUGUUUGGGAAAUCGUCCAAGCCUUCCUCUCUGGCAUCAAAUGAGGCCCAGUCUGCCUCUCCAAGACCUGUCAGUGUAACUUCGCAGUCGGCUAUAGACGCGACAAGAGUUUCUCUGCUUUUUCCCGCUCUGCCAUCUUCUGCACAAGUCAGGCUAUCUACGGCCUUGGCGGACCACCGGUCUGCAGCGACCGAAUCUGUUUCGAUUCCUCCAGACCUCUCCUCAACAGAUCUACCUUUAGGUUCGACUGAGGCCUCAGAAUUAGAGACACCUCAAUCGCCUUCAGCUCCUGACACGCCUCAACGACCGCCGACCUCGGAUCUUUGGGCUCGAGCCUUCGCCAAAGCAAAUGAGGAAACCCAGAAAUGGAUCACAAAGCAUGGACUCCAAUCAUCUGUCACGCAGCCGCGGGACCAAAUCCACGAGCUUCUCAGCCUCGUCGAUGGCCAUAAGCUAUCCGAACAAAGCGAGGAGCCGUUCAAGCUUGAAAUUGGAAACCAGAAGAUUAUCGUCCGCGACUAUGUUGCUGAUGCUGUGGCCUUUAUCACAAUGGCGGGCGAUGCUGCCAUGGCUUUCGCACCGCCACAGGCUGGCGCACCGUGGGCAGUCGCUAAGGCAGUUAUCAAGAUAGAGCAAAAGGCCGCUCUUCUCGGAACAGUCCAAUGGUUCACGCGAAUUGUACGCAGAGGAGAGAUAUACGAGGCUCUCUAUACGACCGCGACCACCGACGAGGCGGCCACACUCAACUUACACGAUGUGCUUCUUGAGACAUACGUCGCCGCUCUAGAGCUGUUAGCCCAAUCAGAUACUUUAUUCGAGAGCGGAAUUGCCAGACAGACUUUGACGGCAAUCCUACGACCAGACGGCGCUACCGGUGGCGUGAAAAAUCUGGUUGAACAGGAACAAAGACUCGACAGAGAAGUUCAAAGCUGCGAGGCCUCACGAUCAUCACUAUCGUCCAAGCAGACAAUGGAUGGAAUAGGCGCCCUCAAGAAACAGCUGGAUCAGCUGUCUUCGCCACUCCCCCGGAUUGACAAGGGAAUUGCCAGCCUUCUGUCCAGAGUCGAGAAGAAGGAGCUAGAUGAACUGAUGAACUUCAUAAGCAGCGAGAUGUUUGGAACAAGCCACGUCAUUGUAACCGAAACAAGAUUGGAGGGUACCGGUGAAUGGCUUCUAGCCAGCGAAGAAUUCCGUGAUUGGCAAGGCAUUCCUUCUGCUUCAGCUGCUUUAUGCCUGAAAGGAACUGUUGGCACCGGAAAGACAUAUCUCACCUCCAAAGUCAUUGACCAUGUGAAGCAUACACUCAAAGUAGCACACCAUGAUGAAGGGUUCGCAUUCUUCUAUUGCAAACGGUCCGGCCUUUCGAUGCAGAAUCCGACGGUCGUCCUGAGAAGCUUUGUUCGUCAGCUGGCUGGUAAGGCAUUUGAUGAGCCUGGCUUGAUUCAAAGCAGGCUAAAACAGACAUGUGAGACGGCAAAGAGUGAGGGGAGGGAGCUAGGUUACCAAGACUGCAAGAAUCUCAUUUUACAAUCCUUCAAUUCAUAUUCAAAGACCACCAUCAUCCUUGACGCCCUAGACGAGUCGGACACCAGCACGUACAAUCUUGGCACAGUCCUGAUCGACUUGAUGGAAGAAUCGAAGAAGCCUGUCAAGAUAUUCAUCUCGAGCCGUCCGGACAGGGAGUAUUUGGGAAAGGUCUUUGGGGGUCGGAGCAUCAUUACUUUGGAUGCUGAACAUCAGCAAGGAGACAUACAGAAGUUUCUGACAGAGAAUCUCUACUCAACCCGGUUCUUUAAGCAACGAAGUCCGAAUAUUCAAGGCAAAAUUAGGGAGGUGUUCACGAAAAGAGGAUGUGGAAUGUUUCGAUGGGUCUUCUUGCAAGUCAGGAGCCUAAAAGAUCACAUUACGGAUGAUGCCAUUGACAGUUGGGCUCAUAAAUUACCCCUGGAUUUGAUGGGGACUUACAAUCAGCUGUGGAAGAACAUACAGGAACGUGAUGAGGCGGACUUGGCACUAGCUGAGCGAGCCAUUAUGUGGGUGUUAUGUUCUUUCAGGCCACUUGGGAUCAACGCUCUUUUGGAAGCCAUCCAGUAUGCUGUCCAGGGACCCGACAUUGUGCGAAAAAAAAAGCAAACAAAGCAACAGAUAUUAUCACUUUGCCAAGAUCUUUUGACUGUCGAUGAGAUUAAUAGGGUGUGGAUACUGCCACAUGCCUCUGUGGCUGAGUUCUUUGAAUCCAAAGGGUGGACGACGUGGAAGUGUGACGCCUUCGCCGCAAAGGUGUCUAUCAGCUUCCUUGGAGGUUAUCUAUUGGAUGACUCGGGAGACGCAGAAGAAUCAGAAGACGCAGAAGAAUCAGAAGACGCGGAGGAUGCAGAGCAUGCAGAAGACACAGGAGACUCAGAAGACUCAGAAGACUCGGAAGACUCGAUAGAGGCUGCAUAUCCUUAUUUUUACAGUUUUGCGUACUAUGCUAGGGGAUAUUGGGGAGAGCAUAUGUCGCGAUAUGAUGAAUGGCUUGGAUUGGCAGAGAAAGAGGAGGCAGACCUAGAUGUUGCCGUACGUCCAGGCAAUUUGCCUCUUUUGGCAAUGUGCUGUUACGGAAUCUAUCAUAUCUUGAGCGAUUGGUGGCUGGGAGGCACAAUCACCGAGGAGAUGGCCUUGGUGCAGAAUUCUUUAGGCAAUAACGCACUUGCGCUUGCUGCUUCACGAGGUUGCAUGCCCAUAUGCAGAAGUUUGACCGAAUUGAUCAACGUCGAGCAUCCAAAUGCGGGGAAGCACGCGGGCGCAUUAAAGCAGGCAAUCCUGGAAAAUAAGACCGACAUUGUGGAAUUUCUAAUCAUGGAUGCGAAAGCAGAUGUCAACUUUGCAGAGGGUACACGUCCAUCUGCUGCACAGUCUGCGGCCAUGUGGCGACCCGCCACGCUGCAAUGGCUUAUUGAUCAAGGCGUGGUUGACCUGACAAAAGAGUAUAAUGGCGAUGGCAAUAUCCUGAUCACAGCAGCAUCGGUCAGCAACUACCAGUCAGUUGAGAUCCUGAUCAAAGCCGGAGCCAAGGUUAAUGCUACUGUGCAAUCCGGCGCAUACGGCAAUGCUCUUGUUGCGGCUGCAGAAAUGAACUUCUACUUCCAGCAACAGUAUGUGGAAACAGUCCAACUGCUCCUCGACGCUGGCGCUGAUCCGAACCGAGGCUUGGAAAAAGGCCCUUGUGACAGCGUGCUUAUAGCCGCAGCAAGAGAAGUUAGGGAUGAAAGGCUUCUCGACACACACAGACAUAAAGAAGAGAGAAAAGAAGUUUUACAACUGCUGCUUGAUGCCGGUGCAGAUCCCACCGCCAUUCCUCGCCGAAGUCAUUACGGGAGUGCCUUGGCAGCUGCAGCGUUCUGGGGACGCAAGGAGAUGCUGCAGACAAUGAUCAGCCAUGUCGGUAUGGAGAAAGCUGUCGAAAGCCUUCUUCGGAGCAAGCAUCUCAGGCGACGACGAACGUUCUGCGAUCGAAAAUCCGUUGAACGCUGGAAGCAAACGGCCAGAUAA